UCUGCCGAGCGGGUGGUGGCCGCAGGCUGGGUGGGAGCGGUGCCGCGCCUUCGCAGGUAGGCCAAGUGAUUCUCGGCUGUCCGGCUAGCGUGGCACGGCCUCGCCUUCUGCCUCCUCCGUCGUGUCGCGGCGGGAACUGUUGGCCGCGCGGCCUCGGGAAUGGCCCGGGUCCCCGCCCGCAGAUCCUGGGCAGAUCAUCAGUAGAAAACUUCCUGAAGUUGUUCAAGAAAAAUUGAAAGUUGUGUAAUAGAAAACUAAGAGAAUUAACAGCAGAUACAGAGGACAGCAUGGAAGUGUUGUCUUAGGAAACAGAACACAGCAGUGAAGAAACAGACAAACUCUUCUGCUCAUAGGCAUCUGGGGCUGAUGAUGUCUUCCGGCUUCAGUGUGUUUAGAGUUGGGAUCUCUUUUGCCAUAAUGUGCAUUUUUUACAUGCCAACAAUAGACUCUUUACCAGAACUGAGCCCUCAGAAAUAUUUUAGUACAUUGCAACCAGGAAAAGCCUCUUUAGCUUAUUUUUGUCAAGCUGAUUCCCCAAGAACAUCUGUAUUUCUUGAAGAACUGAAUGAGGCUGUUAGACCUCUGCAGGACUAUGGAAUUUCAGUUGCCAAGGUUAAUUGUGUCAAAGAAGAAACAUCAAGAUACUGUGGAAAAGAAAAGGAUUUGAUGAAAGCAUAUUUAUUCAAGGGCAACAUACUGCUCAGAGAAUUCCCUACUGACACCUUGUUUGAUGUGAAUGCCAUUGUUGCUCAUGUUCUCUUUGCUCUUCUUUUUAAUGAAGUGAAAUACAUUACCAACCUGGAAGACCUUCAAAACAUAGAAAAUGCUCUGAAAGGAAAAGCAAAUAUUGUAUUCUCAUAUGUAAGAGCCAUUGGAAUACCAGAGCACAGAGCAGUCAUGGAAGCCGCUUUUGUUUAUGGGACUACAUACCAAUUUGUCUUAACCACAGAAAUUGCCCUUUUGGAAAGUAUUGGCUCUGAGGAUGUGGAAUAUGCACGUCUCUACUUUUUUCAUUGUAAACUAGUCUUGGACUUGACCCAGCAAUGUAGAAGAACACUAAUGGAACAGCCAUUGACUACACUGAACAUUCACCUGUUUAUUAAGAUAAUGAAGGCACCUCUGUGGACUGAAGUUGCUGACGAUCCUCAACAAGUUUCAACUGUUCAUCUCCAACUAGGCUUACCACUGGUUUUUAUUGUUAGCCAACAGGCUACAUAUGAAGCUGAUAGAAAAACUGCAGAAUGGGUUGCUUGGCGUCUUCUGGGAAAAGCAGGAGUUUUGCUCUUGUUAAGGGACUCUUUGGAAGUGAACAUUCCUCAACAUGCUAAUGUGGUCUUCAAAAGAGCAGAAAAGGGAGUUCCAGUGGAAUUUUUGGUAUUGCAUGAUGUUGAUUUAAUAAUAUCCCAUGUGGAAAAUAAUAUGCACAUUGAGGAAAUACAGGAAGAUGAAGACGAUGAUGUGGAAGGUCCAGAUAUAGAUACUCAGGAUGAUGAAGUGGCAGAAACUGUUUACAGAGAUAGGAAGAGGAAAUUACCUUUGGAACUGACAGUGGAACUAACAGAAGAAACAUUUAAUGCAACAGUGAUGGCUUCUGACAACAUAGUACUCUUCUAUGUUGAUUGGCAAGCAGUAUCCAUGGCAUUUUUACAAUCCUAUAUUGAUGUGGCAAUUAAACUGAAAGGUACAUCUACUAUGCUUCUUACUAGAAUAAACUGUGCAGAUUGGUCUGAUGUAUGUACUAAGCAAAAUGUUACUGAAUUUCCUUUUGUAAAGAUGUACAAGAAAGGCAAGAACCCAGUAUCUUACACUGGAAUGUUAGGAACUGAAAAUCUCCUAAAAUUUAUCCAACUCAAUAGGAUUUCAUAUCCAGUGAAUAUAACAUCUAUCCAAGAAGCAGAAGAAUAUUUAAGUGGGGAGUUAUAUAAAGACCUGAUCUCCUAUUCUAGUAUGUCAGUAUUGGGACUAUUUAGUCCAACCAUGACAACAGCAAAAGAAGAUUUUAGUGAAGCAGGAAACUACCUAAAAGGAUAUGUUAUCACUGGAAUGUAUUCCGAAGAAGAUGUCUUGCUACUGUCAAACAAAUAUGCUGUAACUCUUCCAGCCCUGCUGCUUGCCAGACACACAGAAGGCAAAAUAGAGAGCAUCCCACUAGCUAGCACUCAUGCACAAGAUGUAGUUCAAAUAAUAACAGAUGCAUUACUGGAAACAUUUCCAGAAAUCACUGUGGAAAAUCUUCCCAGUUAUUUCAGACUUCAGAAACCAUUGUUGAUUUUGUUCAGUGAUGGCAGCGUAAAUCCUCAAUAUAAAAAUGCAAUAUUGACACUGGUAAAGCAGAAAUACUUGGAUUCAUUUACUCCUUGCUGGUUAAAUCUAAAGAAUACUCCAGUGGGGAGAGGAAUCUUGCGGGCAUAUUUUGAUCCUCUGCCUCCUCUUCCUCUUAUUGUUUUGGUGAAUCUGCAUUCAGGUGGCCAAGUAUUUGCAUUUCCUUCAGACCAGGCUAUAAUUGAAGAAAACCUUGUAUUGUGGCUGAAGAAAUUAGAAGCAGGGCUAGAAAAUCCUAUCACAAUUUUACCUGCUCAGGAAUGGAAACCUCCUCUUCCAGCUUACGAUUUUCUAAGUAUGAUGGAUGCUGCAACAUCUCAACAUGACACUAAGAAAGUUCCCAAGUGUAAGAAAGAAACAGAUGUGCAGGAGAAUGAUAAGGAACAAUAUGAAGAUAAAUCGACAGUCAGAAAAGAACCAAUUGAAACUCUGAGAAUAAAGCAUUGGAAUAGAAGUAAUUGGUUUAAAGAAGCAGAAAAAUCAUUUAAGUGUGAUAAAGAGUUAUGAUGCUCGAAAGUGAACUAAGAGCUUUGGUUUCCAAAGUCUUUUUUUAGCAUGAUAGACUUAAUGUAUUUCCUUAAAGAAUAAUACUAAAUCAUUCAAGUUUGAAGACUAGUGUCGUCCGAUAGAAUUAUAAUAAAAGUCACAGGUUUUAUUUAAAAAUUUCUAGUAACUACGUUAAACAAAGUAAAAGUAAGCAGAGCAUAAUUUUGAUGGGGUUUUUUUGUUUGUUGUUUUUG